GUGAAGCCAGAGACUGCCCAUGUUUCCGCCGGUGAGCGUGACGUCACGGCUUAGGCUGUGGACGGUAGCUCGCUGGGCUCAGUUCGCGCUGCUCGUGCUAACGAUGGGGGACGAAGAGCUCGAGGACUUGGUUCAUUUCUCGGUGCGCGACGCGCCGGCUCGAGGUUAUGUCGUCAUGGAGGAGAUCCGACGUCAGGGGAAACUCUGUGACGUCACGCUCAGGGUAAGAGCCGAGUUGGCCUGCAGCUAUCAGCUAGAAGUGUUUGAGGCUGUUCUCAUGUGGGUUCAUCAUGACCGGGACCGGCGGGAGCCUCUGUUGCCAGAGCUGCUGUCAAAGAUCAGACUUCCUCUGUGUCGACCUCAGUUUCUGUCUGACCGAGUCCAGCAGGACGAACUGGUUCGCUGCUGCCAUAAAUGCAGAGACCUGGUGGAUGAAGCCAAAGAUUUCCACCUGAUGCCGGAGCGUCGUCCUCAUCUUCCCACGUUUAAAACCAGACAGAGGUGCUGCACAUCCAUCACAGGACUCAUCUAUGCUGUGGGAGGACUCAACAGCUCAGGUGACUCCCUAAAUGUGGUCGAAGUCUUUGAUCCACUUGGGAACUUCUGGGAACGCUGUCAGCCAAUGAGGACGGCUCGCAGCAGAGUGGGCGUGGCUGUUGUCAACGGACUGCUGUUCGCCAUCGGUGGAUAUGACGGCCAAUCGCGACUGAGCACAGUGGAGGUCUACAACCCAGAGAUGGACAACUGGACGCGGGUGUCGAGCAUGAACAGUCAGCGCAGCGCCAUGGGAACGGUGGUGGUUGAUGGACACAUCUAUGUCUGUGGCGGCUAUGAUGGAAAGUCUUCUCUGAAUUCUGUGGAGUGUUUUUCUCCAGAGACCGACAGGUGCUCAAAUCCUCUUUCUACAGGGGUCAGUGGUCCAGGACCAAGUCUAGAUCUAGGUCCACAACUAGGUUCAGGUACAGGACAAGAAUCAGGUCCAGAACCAGGUUCAGGUCCAGGACCAGUUUGAGGUUCAGGUAUUUGU